AAUGAAGUUAAAGGACGGCUUGCAAGGUUUCGUCAACAAUGAAAUGAAACUUUUCCAUGAGAGGGUUAUUAACAACAAUGCCAACCUGCGACGGGGACAAUGUAGAAAUAACUGCAGAUCAAAGGGAAACCAGCGAGUGGAGGAGGGAGAUUGUGAGACACCACACGAACCCUUCAGCAGUGGUGAACUGGGGCAACUGCAGACCAUGGCUCUGGUCUGCUGAACACUGGGAGCUUGCAAAGGCCUUUAUGCCUCGAGGACAGGCAGAUGUGACCAGAGCAGAGCAGUGUGAUGCUGCUGCCCUCCUUAACCUCCUCCACUUCUGCGACCACUUCAGCUACAUAGACCCGAAGCUCGUCAAAGAGGUCAGCACAGCAGCAUACAGGAAGGUGAUUCGCUGUAGGAACGAGCUGAUGCACUCGUGUGAGAUGCGCGUGUCGGCCCAGUGGAUGCGGAGCUACCAGAGGAGCCUGGAGCUGCUUCUGCAGCCGCUGCAGCACGUCCAUGAAGUGGCCGUCACCAGGCAACACAUUCAGGAGACGCUGUCUAUAGACUGGUCAGUUCAUGUUCCCGGAGUGGACAGAGUUGAUGGAUCCGAGGCGAAAGAAAUAGAACUGGAGUCCAUCAGCAAAUGGGAGACAGAGUUGCUGCGGGAACGACUUCACGAGCUACUGCUCUGUGCAGACCAGGAGGAGACGCUGAGUCCAGAGGACCAGCAGAGCUUGCAGACCCUCAAGGCCUUUCUACAGAAUCAGGAGGACCUUAAAGAACUGUUUAGCGAGGAGCUUCAAACUUCUCAUGCCAUGGGAGAUGGCCUGCAGGGGGCAGCAGAGGGAGUACAGACGUCAGAGAGUCCGGAAUCAGACAGUGCUGAUGUUCUUUAACAGAAAAAUCAACAUUUUGUUUCCAUAAGAAAUAUUUCCUCUUUAUACCUUAAACAUGGGGUGGGUGGCAAGAUGGUUGUGAAUAACACAUGUACAUAUGUUUACAUAUGUUCUCGUGACACAAUACUUUCAGACUGAGUUAAGCCUGUAAGUUUUUUUUCAUGCAAAAUUGUCCAUGAAUUUUCUUAAUAAGAUAUCAAGAAAAUAUUGCCUUUGCUGUCAUUAUUAACAUAAAAGGUCUGCCUUUCCAUUCUUCUAUUCUAAUACAACUAGAUGCAUAGAUCUUUGUUUAUCAACCACUGGCACAUUAGUGGGCUGCAGAAAGUUUUCAAGUUGAAGCUUCACACAAUAUGAAUUUAAUCUGCAAUGAAAAUUAUAUAUGUUUUAGAGUGUACACGUAAAACUUAGGCUUUAAGUAACAGCUAUCAAAGAAGGCUCAAUUUGACAAACUAGCAUUCUAUGCUGUGGCCUACUUAGGAUAGAUAGGGGAAAAAAGGAAAGUUCCUGAAGUGAAAAAAUGGCAAUGGCCUAUGUUACCAGACACUACUAAAGUUCUGCGGAAAUACAAUUAGCGGCCUACAUGAAAUAUUUUGACAAUGGAGAUGCUUGUUCAUGCAUGUGGUCAUGA